AUGAUCUCGGAGCCUCAGGAUGAGGAGCCAUCUACCUCCUCAGCCACACAGGCCUCUUUAGAAAUGAUCUCGGAGCCUCAGGAUGAGGAGCCAUCCACCUCCUCAGCCACACAGGCCUCUUCAGAAAUUAUCUCGGAGCCUCAGGAUGAGGAGCCAUCCACCUCCUCAGUCACACAGGCCUCUUUAGAAAUGAUCUCGGAGCCUCAGAAUGAGGAGCCAUCCACCUCCUCAGUCACACAGGCCUCUUCAGAAAUGAUCUCGGAGCCUCAGGAUGAGGAGCCAUCCACCUCCUCAGUCACACAGGCCUCUUCAGAAAUGAUCUCGGAGCCUCAGGAUGAGGAGCCAUCCACCUCCUCAGCCACACAGGCCUCUUCAGAAAUGAUCUCGGAGCCUCAGGAUGAGGAGCCAUCCACCUCCUCAGUCACACAGGCCUCUUCAGAAAUGAUCUCGGAGCCUCAGGAUGAGGAGCCAUCCACCUCCUCAGUCACACAGGCCUCUUUAGAAAUGAUCUCGGAGCCUCAGAAUGAGGAGCCAUCCACCUCCUCAGUCACACAGGCCUCUUCAGAAAUGAUCUCGGAGCCUCAGGAUGAGGAGCCAUCCACCUCCUCAGUCACACAGGCCUCUUCAGAAAUAAUCUCGGAGCCUCAGGAUGAGGAGCCAUCCACCUCCUCAGCCACACAGGCCUCUUCAGAAAUGAUCUCGGAGCCUCAGGAUGAGGAGCCAUCCACCUCCUCAGUCACACAGGCCUCUUCAGAAAUGAUCUCGGAGCCUCAGGAUGAGGAGCCAUCCACCUCCUCAGCCACACAGGCCUCUUCAGAAAUGAUCUCGGAGCCUCAGGAUGAGGAGCCAUCCACCUCCUCAGUCACACAGGCCUCUUCAGAAAUGAUCUCGGAGCCUCAGGAUGAGGAGCCAUCCACCUCCUCAGUCACACAGGCCUCUUCAGAAAGGAUCUCGGAGCCUCAGGAUGAGGAGCCAUCCACCUCCUCAGUCACACAGGCCUCUUCAGAAAUGAUCUCGGAGCCUCAGGAUGAGGAGCCAUCCACCUCCUCAGCCACACAGGUGUCUUCACACAUGUUGUCUGAGCCUGAGGAUGAGGACGAACACCUGUUUGCUUCCACUUCUCCCCAGUAG